CCUAACACUUCUGCCACAUAAGCUGCUCUUCGUUUUCUCCAUUUCUCACUCUUUCUCUUACACUUCGUUCCUUACUUUGUCAAAAGAGAAAGUAAGAAUGGUGAAGAUUUGCUGCAUUGGGGCUGGAUAUGUUGGGGGUCCUACAAUGGCAGUGAUUGCACUUAAGUGCCCGUCAAUUGAGGUGGCUGUUGUCGAUAUCUCUAAAUCCCGCAUUGCAGCCUGGAACAGCGAUCAGCUUCCAAUAUAUGAGCCAGGCCUUGACAAUGUGGUAAAGCAAUGUCGUGGCAAGAACCUCUUCUUCAGCACUGAUGUAGAGAAACAUGUAUUUGAGGCUGACAUAGUAUUUGUCUCUGUCAACACCCCAACUAAGACUCGCGGUCUUGGAGCCGGCAAAGCAGCAGAUUUGACAUAUUGGGAGAGCGCAGCUCGUAUGAUCGCCGACGUCUCUAAGUCAGACAAGAUUGUGGUUGAGAAAUCCACUGUCCCUGUCAAAACUGCUGAGGCCAUAGAAAAAAUUCUGACUCACAAUGCCAAGGGUAUCAACUUCCAGAUUCUCUCAAACCCGGAAUUCCUUGCCGAGGGAACUGCAAUCCAAGAUCUUUUCAACCCGGACCGAGUUCUCAUUGGAGGCAGGGAGACCCCAGGAGGCCAGAAGGCCAUUCAAACAUUGAAGGAAGUUUAUGCUCAUUGGGUUCCUGAGGAGAGGAUCCUAACCACAAACCUGUGGUCUGCAGAACUCUCUAAGCUUGCUGCCAAUGCUUUCUUGGCCCAAAGGAUUUCAUCAGUUAAUGCCAUGUCGGCCCUCUGCGAGGCUACCGGUGCAAAUGUUAAACAGGUGUCCUUUGCGGUUGGUACAGACACAAGGAUUGGACCUAAGUUCCUCAAUGCUAGUGUUGGAUUUGGUGGAUCCUGCUUCCAGAAAGAUAUCUUGAACCUUGUUUACAUCUGCGAGUGCAAUGGCCUUCCGGAGGUGGCAGAGUACUGGAAACAAGUCAUCAAGAUCAAUGAUUACCAGAAAAGCCGGUUUGUGAACCGUGUGGUUUCGUCUAUGUUUAACACGGUUGCAAACAAGAAGAUUGCCAUUCUGGGAUUUGCAUUCAAGAAAGACACUGGAGACACUAGGGAGACGCCGGCCAUUGAUGUGUGCAAGGGGCUACUUGGCGAUAAGGCCCGACUGAGCAUAUACGAUCCACAGGUGACCGAGGACCAAAUCCAAAGGGAUCUGUGGAUGAACAAGUUUGAUUGGGACCAUCCUAUCCACCUGCAGCCAACUAGCCCGACAACCGAGAAGAAGGUGAGUGUGGUUUGGGAUGCGUAUGAGGCAACAAAGGAUGCAGAUGGUGUUUGCAUUCUAACCGAGUGGGAUGAGUUCAAGAAUCUUGAUUAUCAGAAGAUAUAUGACAAUAUGAGGAAACCAGCAUUUGUGUUUGAUGGAAGGAACAUUGUGGAUAUGGAUAAGCUUCGUGAGAUUGGAUUCAUUGUGUACUCAAUUGGUAAGCCACUGGAUCCAUGGCUCAAAGACAUGCCUGCUGUGGCCUAAAAGUAACAGAUCACUGCACACAAGUUUGAUUCAAUUAUUGCUGUUAAUUUUUACAAGUUUUGUUUUGUUUUGAUCUUUGGACACUUUUUUCUUUAAUAUAGAUGUUGAGUAUAAAUUCAGGGAAUGUAGGAGGAGGGUCUAUGUUUUGCCGUUCUUUGUGCUCCAAAUAUUCAUUAUUACAUGGCUGUUAUAAAUUUUCAAGGAAACUAUUUUCUUUUUUAUUAAA